AAAUAUAUUCAUAACUUCUCUCCAUAUUUACAAUAUAUACAACAUUUCUCCUCAGUACUUACUAUAGCACGAGAAUAAAUAAUGGCGUCGAGUUGCAAAAGCUUGAUUUUGCUGCUCUGUGCAAUUGUUCUAUUGUUCUCACAAACACAGCUUCUAGUCACAGCUGCUAAAGACUCUGGGCAAGCCAACAUAAACUUCAUCAAAACCAAAUGCCGCACCACUACAUACCCUUCACUUUGCCUUAAAACACUAAUUCCCUAUGCGUCUUCUGUGAAAGCCAAUUCCACAAAGCUUUGCAAAGAAGCCCUUAACGUAGCCACAAAAGGCGCACGCGACUCCUCUAUCAUUGUCUCAAAUUUAAAAAAACAGAACGGAAUUUCCCGAUAUGAAGCUGCAGCAAUUAAAGACUGCAUAGAAGAUGUAAAGGAUGCAAUGUACGAACUCAAGCGGGCUUUUGAGGCAAUGGGACGUCUAGGUGAUAAAGAUAAGGAAUUUCAGUUGGCUAAUGCUAAAACGUAUGCAAGUGCUGCUAUAACAGACGCGGACUCAUGCACCGAUGGGUUCUCUGACUACCGUAAGGUAAAUCAGAAAGUGCAGGAUGCGAUAAAUAGAAGUAUGGCUGUUAUUAUAAGACUUGGCAGCAACGCCUUGUCACUCAUUAACCAUCUUUAAGAAUACUGAUCAAUUGUAUUGAAAAAGUGAUGUCCAUCAUAUAUUGCCAUAAUUAACAUUGAUUUUUAAUUUUGUGUAACAAAUCCAAACGUAGAAAUAGCAACAAACCACUUUCA